UGUUGAUAUAGUGAAUACAAUGGUUGAAAAUAGGGGCACUAAAAUUUUUAGCAUCUGGACAGCUGAUAAUCAAAGAGUCCAGCUAUCUUACAUUGAUCCUAAGACUCUUGCGACCGUCACGUGUAUUGAUGCUUGUCCGCUACAACAAUCUAAUACAACAACGCAAACGUUCAACUUCGUUACUCAAGUUAAAACGACUGCAUUGCAAGUGAAUGUGAUCGAGUUCAAUGGACUCGGGGGUGGAUUUCAUCAAAUUCAGUUCUAUCAGAGCGAUAUAGUAGUUUAUGCAGCGGGAUAUGGAAAUUUCCCUUCUUGCAUUCCAACGCCGUUCAGUCCUUCCAUCUCAACGACAGGCACUUGGACUCCAGUAGUUAUCCAAGGAGCUUGGGAAACAGCCUUACAGACCACAAUUCCUGCAGCAUCGUACGCAUCCAGCAACGCGUCCAUCACUUUGACGCCGUACGUCCCCCAAACGGGUGAUUAUUUGGUAACGCUCCAUCUCCCUCCAUGUACGCCCAAUUGCGAGGCGGCGGUUACAAUAUUGGUCACAGUAAACGCGCUACCGGGACUAGCCAUAGUUAAGAAUAUAACUACGAAUAACUUGAAACCUAGCGAUAUUCCAGUGUAUACAGGAAAAGUACUUGCUACAAGCAAUACAUUUAAGCCCUCAGUGGUGAUUGAAUUAGAUAAGCAAGCACCACCGAAUCCAGGUCAAACCGCGUUCCAGAUUGAUAUUGGAAACGUAGCAUUUACGAGAACAAAUAGUGCACCACCAUUAAGUGGAGUGUUUCAGUAUUGGUUAAACGUUAAUGGAGCUGUCAAGCCUUGGGGUGGUCUGAACGGGGUUCUUCCGGAUAGGGCAAACGUAAAAUCUUUGGCAUUGCUCUCUAAAACCCAAUUGAUCAUUGGCGGAACGUUCUCCGAUGCAAGAUUUUCUAAUAUAGUAUUAUAUGACGGUUCUAAACUUGUCACUCUUUCCAACGGGGGGCUUAAUGGACCCGUGAACAGUAUUAUCAGCAUUUCCUCUGACGAAAUUAUCGUUGGUGGUUCAUUUACUGGAACUGUCGAUCAAGCUCAGACAAUGUUAAAUAAUAUAGCGAGAUAUAAGCUGUCUACAACGGCCUGGACACAAGUAAGCGGAGGAGUGAACGGUCCGGUGAAUGUGCUAGACUAUGCUAAUGUUAGCAACAACAACCAAAUAUUCGUCAGUGGACAAUACCAAGUGAGAUAUGGUCCUGGAAAGACGGAUGGUGAAUUGUCAUCUGGAUUCGAGUUAUGGGAUGAGGGACAGAAUUCUUGGGCCAAUAAUACUGGUUUUAUCAACGGAAAUAUUAAAGACAUUAUGUCACUUACAGUAAAUGGAGAUGCAGUUACAUAUAUUUCUGGAAACAUAAUUUCCGCAUCACCCUUGCGAAUGUUUGGAGCUAGUCUAUUGGAUCCUCAGGGUGAUAUUACUCCAUUGCCAAUUGUGCCGACUAGUGUUAAUGGCAGUGCCCCCCAAGUUUCUAUCUACACUGGAGCGUUCUAUGAAAACUCUGAUGGCGAAGCAAUAACCGUAAUAGGUGGAAGUUUUACGCUUGGCACUACAAAGAACAUAGCAUUGGUUAAAAACAGCAACAUUCAGUCUCUUUCAGGCGAUAUUGAUGGUACUAUUCAAACAGUACUAAUUAUAGACGAUACACUCUACAUUGGCGGUGUAUUCUCCUCUUCGAAAGGUGAUGGCUUUGCAGCGUAUAAUCUAAAAUCGAACGAGUUUGAUGAUAUACCUAAAUUGAGUGGUGCAGAGGGUGUCAGUGUGAAUGUUGUGAAACGGAGACAGAAUAGGGAGAUACUGGUUGGAGGGGUGUUUGACAAAGCAGGCGAUAUUGAAUGCAAAGCUGUCUGUAGUUUUGAUGCUAAUAAUAAUCAAUGGAAUGCAUUGGGAAACACAAAUAUUGAUGGAGAAGUAUUUGCGAUCGAUUUUGUUGAGUCAAACCAAAAUCUCUUUUAUAUAGCUGGUAAUUUAACUGUAAAUGGGGAAAGGACUUAUCUUGCAGAAUACAAUUAUGGUCAAUCUACGUGGCGCUCCAUUACAGAAUCCUCUUCCCUAUCCGGUAUACCUUCUGCUCUCGCAAUAGAUGGCUCUGCUCAACGUAUUUGGAUAGCUGGACGUACUGACGCAGGUGCUGCAUACUUAUAUGAAUACGAUGGAUCAAAAUUUAAUUCAUUCACUACUGGACUAAUAUCAACUUCGAGGAUAUCUCAGUUGACUUUCCUACCAAUUAAUGGGAAUAAUCCAGGCAAUGAUAUAAUAAACGGGAACAGAAUACUAAUGGUUGCUGGAGAUCUACAGUUGGAUAAUGGUGGAAAUUUCAGUACGGCAUUGUUCGAUGGGCAAAGCUGGCAUCCUUAUUUACAAGCUUCGCAGAAUGGAGGAAAGAACGGGAAUAUCUUGGGUAUCUUCUUUGAUAUUCCUCCAUCUAUCUCUAAUAAAAUAAUGGUAUUUGCAAUAGUUGCAGUAUUAAUGGCAGUAGCUUAUUACCGUCGCAAGGAAUUAAAAAGAGAAGCAGAAGAAACUACGACGGCAACAUUCGAUCUCAAUUCAAAGAUCAAAUUCGCAGAGGAUUUACUUCAACAAAGCGACAAGAAUUCAUCGGGUUCAGAGAAAGUGCGAAUAUCUUCUGGCACCGAAAAAUCUGCGAAAGUCGAUGCGAGUGAUUCCGGAGAACAAGCAUUUGUUGCCGGCGGAGGAGGAGGAUUAUUCAGCGAAUUGUUUGUCGGUGAUUUGGACGAUGCACAGAUCUUUUAUGCUCAAUAUCCGUUCGAUCCACGUACUGAGAAUGAACUGGGGCUCAAAGUCGGAGAUACCAUCUAUGUCGUCGACAGGAGUGAUCCUACAUGGUGGAUUGGAUUUGUAGAUGAUGGCACUGGACGACUUGUAAAGGGUGCCUUCCCUA